UCUGGUGUAAAGGAACGAUCAUAUCCAAGAAGACGCUAUAUGUUUUGAUGCAUAAAGAUUAAAAUAGAUGAAAAAACAUUUCAAGAUAACAUAAAACUAAUGAUCAUCUUUAGAUCGUUGAGACAUGAAGGCAUGGGAGGCAACAGUAAAGAAAACGCACGCUGUAGCAAGGAGACAAGCCAGCCAUUUUUUUGGUUCAGCCCAUGUUGCCAAUGUUGAAGAAGACGAAGACAUGGUUCAUGCAGCGGGUGAGACCUAUACUGCAGAACGUGACCUCCCCAAUGGUGACUACUACACGGGUCAUUGGUUAGAUAACUUUCCUCACGGGUUUGGAAAGUAUAGGUGGGGCGAUGGGUGCAUGUAUGUUGGAGAUUGGUAUCAUGGUAAGACAAUGGGAAAAGGAACCUUUAGCUGGCCUUCGGGAGCCAACUAUCAAGGGGAAUUUAAGAGUGGGUAUAUGGAUGGGGAAGGACUUUACACCGGCCCAAAUGGGGACACGUACAAAGGGCUUUGGGUCAUGAACUUGAAACAUGGAUACGGGGUGAAGGAAUACGUAAAUGGCGACGUGUAUGAUGGAGAAUGGUGUAGAGGGUUACAAGAAGGAAAUGGUAAGUAUCAAUGGAAAGACAGCGGCAACUAUUAUGAUGGAGAAUGGAGAAAUGGUAUAAUGUCAGGAAAGGGAACAUUGGUAUGGAGUAAUGGAAACAAGUUUGAUGGAUUUUGGGAAGACGGUAUCCCUAGAGGACAAGGGACAUUCACUUGGCCAGAUGGAAGUUUUUAUGAAGGUAAUUGGAGUAACAAUCCUUCAGAGCAAAACGGUACUUUCAAUCCAUCAGCUGAUGCUGGAGACAAACAUAAUGAUUGGUGUCAAGAUCAAGUUUAUGAAGUUGAUCUUCAGGAUUGUAUAAUUUCUCCUCUUGAGGAUGUACCAAUCAUGCCUUCACAAAAGAAACUAGCCGUUUGGAGAUCGACCAAUGGAAAUAACAGAGACCCCUCAACCCGGCCUAGAAGGAUGUCGGUUGAUGGGAGAUUGGAUUCAAGUUCUGACAUGGAGGUUGAUAGAAUGAGAAUGUUAGAAGAUACCGAAAGAAUGUUAAAGGCAAGAGAUGAUACGUCGUCAUCAUCUUCGCCUGGUAGUUCAUCAUACGAACCAAGUCCAAUUGUAAUACCUAAAGUGAUCAAGCAACAAGGAGAGACCAUUUGUAAAGGACAUAAGAACUAUGAACUUAUGCUCAAUUUGCAGCUAGGAAUCAGACAUUCAGUAGGACGACCUGGCCCUGCUCCGUCUUUAGACUUAAAACCAUCGGCGUUCCAUCCAAAGGAGAAAGUAUGGACAAGAUUUCCACCAAAUGGAUCUAAGUACACCCCCCCACAUCAAUCUAUUGAUUUCAAAUGGAAAGAUUACUGCCCAUUGGUUUUCAGGACAUUAAGGAUGUUGUUUAAGGUAGAUGCAGCCGAAUACAUGCUAUCUAUAUGUGGAGACAAUGCCCUUCGAGAGCUCUCGUCACCAGGGAAGAGUGGAAGCUUCUUCUACUUGACUUAUGAUGAUCGGUACAUGAUCAAAACCAUCAAAAAGGCUGAAGUCAAAGUUAUUCUAAGGAUGCUUUCUUCCUAUUUUGAUCAUUUUCGCCUCUAUGAGAACACUUUGCUGACAAAAUUCUUUGGAUUGCAUUGUGUGAGAUUAGUUGGUGCUGCACAAAGGAAGGUACGCUUCAUUAUAAUGGGGAAUCUUUUCUGUACGAACCACACUAUUCAUAGACGCUUCGAUUUAAAAGGAUCUUCCCAUGGACGCCUAACGGAUAAACCUGAGUCAGAAAUUGAAGCAACAACCAUACUUAAAGAUCUUGAUCUCAAUUUCUUCUUCAGACUUCAAAAGUCAUGGAUUCAAGAAUUCAGACGGCAAAUAGAUUUGGACUGUGAUUUUCUCGAGCAAGAGAGAAUAAUGGAUUACAGCCUCUUGGUCGGGAUUCAUUUCAGAGAACCAUCCGAUACAACCCCUAUCGGUAAGUACCAGGACGAAUCAUGUUCUGGAACCGAUAUGGAAAAAAUCCUAUCUGAUCCUACUCGGAUCGCAAAUCUUAGACUGGGAAUUAACAUGCGAGCGAGAGUGGAAAAGAUGGUGAGGGCUACAUUGACAGAACUAUUAGGAGAACCAACUGGGGAGUGCUAUGAUGUUGUUAUGUUUUUUGGAAUCAUAGAUAUACUUCAAGAUUAUGACAUUAACAAGAAAAUUGAGCAUGCUUACAAGUCAAUGCAUCACGACCCUACAUCAAUAUCAGCUGUUGAUCCUCGACAGUAUGCUAAACGUUUUCGUGAUUUCUUACUCAAAGUUUUCACAGAAGAUGAAUAGAGAGGGAAAAGAGUUUAUACUCUUCCAAAAUUCACAAUGCAUAAUCUUCUUAUGGACUGUAAAGUGUUUUUCUUUAGCCAGAAACUUGUUUGCAUAGGGUACAAUGUAUUUUGAUCAAGUAUGCUUGUUUCUUGUAAAAUACAUCUUAUGGACAGUAAAGUAUUUUUCUUU